UAUAUCCUUCAUCACUUUCCUCUUUUUCCAUGGCUAACCUUAGCAACCGUCCCACGGCUGCCGCCGCCGCCACGGCCUGGUUGUUCAUCGUAGCGACCUUAUUGCUUAGCUGCCAACGCUUUACUGUGGCUACUUUGCUCCUUCUUGCAAUGAUCCUACCUAGUUUUCGAGUAACAGAAGCGCAAAUUGGUGUAUGUUAUGGAAGAAAUGGCAACAACUUACCCUCCCCACAAGACGUGAUAAACCUGUAUAAAUCUCGAGGAAUAACAAGGAUGAGAAUGUAUGAUCCCGGUCCAAAUUCCCUCCAAGCCCUUAGAGGAACGAACAUAGGGCUAAUCCUCGAUGUCCCUAGGACCGAUCUCAGGUCACUCGGCUCAGAUGCGGGAGCUGCAACCCGUUGGGUCCAAAAAAAUGUAGUCGCUUACGCGUCUAAUGUAAAUUUCCGUUACAUUGCGGUCGGUAACGAAAUCAUGCCUGGUGAUGCUGAGGCAGGGUCAAUACUCCCCGCCAUGCAAAAUGUCCAAAAUGCCCUUCGUUCAGCUAACUUAGCCGACAGGAUCAAAGUCUCCACGGCGGUAAAAAGUAGCAUCGUCGACGGCUUCCCGCCGUCUAAAGGUUUUUUCACAUCUUCAUCAUACAUGAACCCAAUCGUUAACUUCCUUAGAAACAACAACUCACCAUUGUUAGCCAACAUCUACCCUUACUUUGCCUACCUCGGUACCGGAUCCAUUCGCCUAGAUUACGCCCUCUUUACGUCACCUAACGCCCAAGUUAACGACGAUAACGGUUUACAAUACAAAAACCUCUUUGAUGCCCUGGUUGACACAAUGUAUGCCGCUUUGGCUCGGGCCGGGGGCCCGAACAUACCAAUCGUGGUGUCCGAGAGCGGAUGGCCGUCGGCCGGCGGUGAUAGCCGUGGUGCCGCUACUCCCGGUAACGCGGCGACGUAUUAUGCGAACCUGAUUGGCCACGUGAGGCAGGGGACGCCUAGGAAGAACGGGCAGGCGAUUGAGACGUACUUGUUUGCCAUGUUUGAUGAGAAUCAAAAGGGUGGUGGUACUGAGAAUAAUUUUGGUGUGUUUAGUCCUAAUCAACAGCCAAAGUAUAACCUUAAUUUCAGAGGAUGAAUUGUGUUUUUUAUAAUUUGCUUGUAUUAUGAAAUCUGAUUAUGUACUAAUAUGAUACACAUGAAUAAAUGAAAUGAAAUGAAACACCUAAUAAAUUAUGAGUAUUUACUUCUUAA